AGUGCAUUAUCUCGAAGUCUCGCGUCUGCACAUGUCGCACUGCUGCAGGAUUAUCGAGUCACGAUCACCCCACUGAGCUCACAGCCUCUUGUUAGCAAGGAUGCUGGAGGAAGCAUGUGCACCCCUCAGCCCAAGGAGCUUGUCCAAUCUCUCCCUUCUAUCGAAGAUCAAUCUGAUACAGGGUAGUCCCAAUCUGGACGCAUACGCAUACGCAGUACUGAAGAAGCUAAUAAGACAAUCCAUAUGCUAAAAUUGCGAAGCAACUGUCGAUUCAGGACAACUGCUUGAAGCAAAGCAGUUGCACUCUGAUUCCACGCUGUACGUUGCCUUGUCUUACUACCUAGACACUCGAUCUCGCAGAAGUCAGGAGAAGCAGUCCGAUGAACAAGACUUGCAGUACUGAUAUGAAUGAAUACCUGCAGUGCUGUAACAGGGCACUUGUGACAUGUGAAGAUUUGCAAGAUGCAGAGGCUCCUUUCGAUUCAUGCCUGUGACACGUCUGACACAGUGCUAUUUGCUAUGCAUCACGCGAGCACUGAGGAGUGAAGUUCUUACCCUGUAGGCAGGCAGGGAUGACGGAGCAGUAUAUCGUGAAGCCAAUAGCUGACGAAGGUGAAUCUGAAAAGCCUGUGUCGGCUCGAUAGCAGGGGACAGGGAACAAGAUCACGGAUGUAUGUUAUCAAACUACGAUACGUAUCCUCCAAGCAAUUUUGUUUCGUGUAUCGAGAAAUUUCUUACAUGUGGAACUUGUUAGAAAACUUGUAUUCUAUAGUUCCUCCGUUUCUCUACACUCUUUCACUACUUCCUUGGCAUGUUGGGGAUUCCUUGAGGAGAUGUGGAACGGUGUCGGAAAAUUCCUCAUAGCUACGGUAGCGGAUCAUCGACGAAGAAGACAGCGCGAGUCCCAGAAGAAAGACCUGCAAGAGGAGAGCGAAGCGCACACACCUCUGGGUAACAAAGUACACAGGUACUGGGACAGGCAAGUGGAUAGUCGUUGCCGCAGACCAAAUAUUAGGUGGAUUUUGUGAUUCACACAAGACCUAUGAUCAUGAGCACUUUCUGAUUCACUCCAGCAGUCGUCUUCGGACUCUGAGACUCUGAACGGUUUGGUAGAUGUUACUACUAUUUGCUCAGAUGGAUAUCAGAUUCGUUCAAUUAUGCUUAGCUCGCAGAAAUGAAUAGAAUAAAAAUCCUUAAUUAGGAGCCGAAUUCAAAAGGUUACGAUGUUUGAGGUGAGCUUUUUGCUCUUAUCUGUAGAUGCUCAUUGAAAUGCUUGCUUUUGUUCUGAUCAUUUGUUUCAUAGACGGUGGAGUUCAAAAUCCAGUCCAUGCAUGCUUUACAGCUCUAAGACGAUGAUCUGGCAGCUCCUCAUGUUUACCGACAUUCUCUUCUCCUUCGCAAAAUUGUCCAACUGUGAUGUGUUUUCGAUCUUGCACCAAUCUUGCCUGGAUUCGUCGUUAAAGAUAUGGAGUAUGUAGGGCCCAGCACGGGAUUGGCCCAAUGUUCGGAAAGAGAUUAUGAGUCCGGGCCGAUUUACAGCAAUCAAAAGCCCGGUAACUUUGGAUCUGCUCGUAGAACAAGAAUUUAUGGCAAUCAUUUACAAAGAGCUAAGAAACUAUACUUACAGGGCUUUCACCCCUCUCAGAGAUUUCUCUAUGUACACAGGACACUGAUUAUAAAUUCUAACUCAUCAAGCAAGCGACUAAUCUACCGGUUGACCUCGAAAUUGAGGUCCACAUGUUGGACAUGGCGACAGGAAUCGAAACAGAGGAGACAUGAUUCCUGUCGUUCGCCGCUUAAGAUGGCCCAUCUCCACGGUCAGCCAUUGUGGUGUCCAAGAUGAUCUGACAUGCAUCGUUUGAGAGGUUUCAAGCGCAAGCAUGCAAGGCCAAAGUAGUGUG